AUGCCGGUGAUGCGGGGCCUCCUGGCUCCCCAGAACACCUUCCUCGACACCAUCGCCACCCGCUUCGACGGCACCCAUAGCAACUUUGUCCUUGGCAAUGCCCAAGUGCGUGGAGCUUUCCCUGUGGUUUACUGUUCCGAUGGCUUUUGCGAACUGACGGGCUUUUCCCGGGCUGAGGUCAUGCAGCGUUGUUGUGCCUGCAGCUUCCUCUACGGGCCGGACACCAGCGAACUCGUCCGUGGCCAGAUCCGCAAGGCCCUCGAUGAGCGCAAGGAAUUCAAAGCCGAGCUCAUUCUCUAUAGGAAAAGUGGCGUCCCCUUCUGGUGUCUCCUGGACGUGGUGCCUAUCAAGAACGAAAAGGGGGAGGUCGCUCUGUUCCUGGUCUCCCACAAGGACAUCACAGAGACGAAGAGCAGGGCGUCUGCGGAAAGCUGGAAGGAGGGAAGUGAGGGAGGUGGACGGCGACGCUACAGCCGAGCUGGGGCGAAAGGGUUCAAUGCCAACCGUCGACGGAGCCGAGCUGUGCUCUAUCACCUAUCAGGGCACCUCCAGAAACAAGGCAAAGGGAAGCGCAAACUCCACAAGGGGGUCUUUGGAGAGAAGCCAGCCCUGCCUGAAUACAAGGUUGCCGCGGCACGCAAAUCCCCAUUCAUCCUGUUGCAUUAUGGGACCUUUAAGGCCGGCUGGGACGGGCUGAUUCUUCUGGCCACGCUCUACGUGGCUGUCACAGUCCCCUACAGCGUCUGCUUCAGCGGCACCAGGGACGAGGGGCUUUCGGAAGCUGCCCGUGCACCCCCCAGCGUCUGUGAUCUUUCUGUGGAGAUCCUGUUCAUCCUAGACAUUGUGCUGAAUUUCCGCACCACCUUUGUCAGCAAGUCAGGGCAGGUGGUGUUUGACCCUCACGCCAUUUUCCUGCACUAUCUGACCCGCUGGUUUGUCCUGGACCUCUUGGCUGCUCUGCCCUUUGACCUCCUCUAUGCCUUCAAGGUCAACGUGUACUUUGGGGCGCACCUCCUGAAGACCGUGAGGCUCUUGAGGCUGCUGCGGCUGCUGCCGAACCUGGACCGGUACUCCCAGUACAGUGCGGUGGUGCUCACCCUGCUCAUGACAGUCUUUGCUCUGCUGGCUCACUGGGUCGCCUGCAUCUGGUACUUCAUUGGACAGCACGAGGUGGAGAGCAGCCCCUCGCAGCUGCCGGGGAUAGGUUGGCUGCAGGAACUGGCUCGACGCUUAGAGACUCCGUACUAUCUGGUGCAGAGAAACAGCAGUGGCGAAGAGGACUCUGCUAACGGGACGGGCCCCCCCAUGAACAGCAGCCUGUGGGAGCUGGUGGGGGGCCCCUCGCUGCGGAGCUCCUACAUCACCUCACUCUACUUUGCUCUCAGCAGCCUGACCAGCGUGGGCUUUGGCAAUGUGUCGGCAAACACGGACUCCGAGAAGAUCUUCUCCAUCUGCACCAUGCUGGUGGGGGCCUUGAUGCACGCAGUCGUCUUCGGCAAUGUGACAGCCAUCAUCCAACGCAUGUAUGCCCGCCGCUUCCUCUACCACAGCCGCACGCGGGAUUUGCGUGACUACAUCCGCAUUCACCGCGUCCCUCCGCCACUGAAGCAGCGCAUGCUCGAGUACUUCCAAGCCACCUGGAGUGCCAGCAAUGGCAUAGACACCCACGAGUUGCUGCAGACCCUUCCCGAUGAACUGCGGGCUGACAUAGCCCUCCACCUGCACAGGGAGCUGCUGCAGCUGCCGCUCUUUGAGGGGGCCAGCCGGGGCUGCCGGCGCUCGCUUUCGCUCAGCGUCCGGACCUCCUUCUGCACACCUGGCGAGUACCUGAUCCGGCAGGGGGAUGCGCUGCAGGCCCUCUACCUGGUCUGCUCAGGCUCCAUGGAGGUGCUCAAAGAUGGCACGGUGCUCGCCAUCCUAGGUAAGGGGGAUCUGAUUGGUUGUCACAUCUCAACCAAGGACCAGGUGGUUCAAGCCAAUGCCGAUGUGCGGGGCCUCACCUACUGUGACCUCCAGUGCCUCGGCCUCACGGGCCUCCUGGCCAGCCUGGAGCUCUACCCAGAAUUCGCCAGCAAAUUCCGUCAUGAACUUCCCUGCGAGCUCAGCUACAAUCUGGGUGGGGGCGGCAUCUUUCAAGCCGAGUCAUCCUCGCUGAGCAGCAGAGAACCCCCCACCUUGCUCUCCACAACGGAAGAGAGAGAGACAGCUGCCUCACUCCCUCCCCGCCGCGGGACUCCCUGCCUCCCCACAGAGGCGGCGGAUGAGCCCUCCAGCCCUUGGCUCCCCUCCUCCUCCUCGGGUGGCCAAGGCCAUCGCCCUCCACGCACAGGCUUCGUACAACGUCACCCACAGCCUGAAACCACCUCCCGCCCCACAGCGUUGAGGCUACACAGUGCCCCGUGCAGUGGCCCUCCAGACCUCAGCCCCAGGGUUGUGGAUGGCAUCGAAGACGGGUCCAGUUCUGACAAGCCUGUUUUUAGCUUCCGUGUUGGCACCUCCGGCCCAGACUACAGCAGCCCUUCACCUGGCACGGACAGCGGCCUGCUCACCAUUCCCCCCGAGUUAUCAGGGGCCGACACAAUUGAGAAACUGCGCCAGGCGGUGGCGGAGCUCUCCAGCCAGGUUCAACAAAUGCGCGAAGGCCUCCACUCUCUGCGCCAAGCCGUGCAGCUCUUCCUUUUCUCCCAGACACCGACGCACCCACGUGUGGACUCUUCAGCCUGCAGGUCCUUUCCCCAUGCAGACGCUCCUGCUGCUCCCAUGUUGAGCCCGCUCCGGGUAGACACAGGACUCUCGCCAACCUUCUGUCCUCACAGCACACCCUCGGCACUCUGUCCCAACGGGGCCUGCAGCAGGGUCCCGUGGGUGUGGGCGCCCCCAGCCGGACAGAGCUCCCCCUGGCCUGGAAUGCUGUGGACACUGGGGCCAAGAAAGGACCCUGAGAUUUCCGAAACAGCAGCCACAGAUCAUCGGCUGAGGGACCAAGGGAACCACACACAGCUGCCAAGCCAGAGCCAAAGCGAAAAAAGCUCCCUUCCUCGAACUUCUUCCCCAGUGGAUCCAGCACCCCAGACAGGCUUGACAGAACCCAAACCUUCCAGGACUCAGGCCUGUGAUUCCUCAAACCUUGAGAUGGUGCUGAUUAAUGCUGGGGAGGAAAGUUCAGCUUGCAGUACCCCCUGCUGGCCACAGGAGGAAGGGACGGGCGUAUGAUCCAGUACUGCUUGCCCACUUACUGAGCUCUGGGAUUUUUCUGGUCUGGAAUCAUCAGGGAGAGUCCCUUACAUGGCAGCCCUGGGCACGGCCUCAUUUUGCAAAUGAGAAGGCGGACUAAGAGGAGCUAGAAAGCCCCAAUGGAGCUGCAGUGGCCUUUGCAAAUUGGGAGAAAAGGGAAGGACAAGAAGUCAGGUUAAGAGGGGAUCUCCACAGCCUUGCCCUCUGCACAGGAAUGGAACAAAUGCCUUCUUGGGGCACAAGCUGGCAAAUGGGGAUUUCUGCAAAAGUCCCUCCUGCCAAAAGCCAGACCCGUCCUGUAUGGGUUGGGGAGUAAAACUGCAAACUCAAGACGCUUGAAAUAUGCAAAAGGUAUAUUUAUGUCUAUCCACACCAACUGUAACUUCCGUGAGGAAGCUUGAUGGUUAGGCACUGGCUUGGUGUGGGGCGAAAGCUCCACUAUGCAUGUGGUUCCUCUGUGCUGGGAGCCAGGGCGAAAGAGACUUUCCCUAGUCCCUGUGGCUAGGGGACUGGGCAAAGAUGGGCACCCUUUUUUAUAAAACAUACAUUUUGGACUUAGAUCGCGAGCUGCAAACUGUUAACUGUUGUUGGGGGAUUUGCUUUGCUAGAAAGGGGGGCAAGGAGGAGGGAGUCACAAAAGAUGAGCUCCAAAAUGACGAGAGAGAAGGACUGCUGGUGAUUUAACCCUUCAUGGAUCAGAGAUCUAUCCAUUCAUUUCCUGUCAGAAGCAGCCCCAACCAGUCUGUGUGGGCUGAACCCACUUUACAGCCACUGCCUGAAAGACAUCCCCACCCCGCCUUCUGAAAUUCUGCAAAUUUUCUUAAUUUAGGGUGUGGGCCAGCUAUAUCGCUGAGUGGGAAUUUGCCCUGGGAAAAUUCCAGGGCAAAGGCUACUCUGGUCACUACACCACUCUGCCUGCCUUGAGAUAAUUAGAAAUAUUAGUGGCUUCUUCUUGUCCUGAUAAAGUUUAACGACCCUUACGGGGGAAGCACCAGGGAAGUGUUGCAGUCCCAUUCUUUCGGUGUCACUGACAUGCGCUGGUGACAAAUGGCCUCCAAGUAGGGGAUGGCAGAGGUCGACUUCUAGAAGGGGGGGAAACAGGUUGGAUCCGGCCAGCUUUAUCGCUCCGUCCUGCCAAAAUGCUCCUCCUCAGUACAGCUCCCAUUCCACGUGGCUUUUGUCCACGCAGGCCCCAUGAUCCCUCCCCCUCUCUUACCCACCAGUGGAAAGGCUGGUUGGAUCCAACCCAAGAGGUUUAUGCACAGGGACAGUGUAUCGCAGCUCUCCUGUGACAAAUUCUUCAGGUUUGGUCUAAAAUUUGAACCAUUACAUUUGAACCAGAC